UUUCUGGGUCAGGAUUGAAUGUCUCCCAAAACAUUUUACAAGUCCCUUAGGUAUUCGGCUCGCAGUGGAAGCUUCUUGAGUAGGGAUGACAUUGUCCCCCUUUCAGGCAGCGGUGAAUGACCAUCACCGCGGGAGUCUCGCACAGUUCAGUGCCUUGGACCUGUGAGCGCACUCCAGGGUGUGGCCGCUCUCGGAUGUCACGCCCCUCCUACAAGAAAGCCACGGUAUAAAUGAAGACCGCUGGGCUCGCCCUCAAGUCCCGGAAGUGGUUGGGUCGCUGUAACCUUAGACAAUCUGUCUGGGUGCUUUUGGCGUGCCCGAAAGCUGCGCUCUGCCGGUCGUCAUGAGCGGUUCCCUGAGGACGGAUCCGAAGAUCUGGCGGCAGGCGGCCACCUUAGUGUUGGCGGCGGGAUGGACGCGCCUGGGCGCCGCCGCGUCGUCCCUGCCGCCCGCGGAGGGCUUCCGAGUUCUGCUUUUGCAGCGCUCCGCGCGCCAGUCCUUCAUGCCAGGCGCGCACGUCUUCCCGGGUGGCGUCCUGGAGGCGGCCGACCGCUCGGCCGACUGGCUGCACCUCUUUGCGCCGCACCACGGGCCUCCCCGCUUUGGCCUGGGCCCAGCGCGGCCCCAGCGAACAACCUUCCCGGAACUACCCUUCUUGCGGCCCGAUGCCGCCGACGGCCGUGCCGCGGCGCUGCCUGAUGACGUAGCCCUGCGCAUCUGCGCCAUCAGGGAGGCUUUCGAGGAGUCGGGCGUGCUGCUGUUGCGGCCCAGGGGCGCCCGGCAGAGUCCCGAGUCUCAAGGUUCUGCUUCUGAACCCGACUGUGCCCUCGAACUUCCGCUGGACGUGUCUACCUGGCGCACCCGCGUCCGUGGCGACGCGCGCCAUUUCUUAGACUUGUGUGUGCACCUGGACUGCACGCCCAACAUCUGGGCGCUGCAUGACUGGAGCGGGUGGGUCACGCCUUUUAUGAGUGAGACACGCCACCGCUUCGAUGUGAAUUUCUUCCUGUGUUGCUUGCGUGAACCGCCUCCCAUCCAAACUGAUCUGGUCGAGGUGGUGAGCUACCAGCAAACCCAGCAUCUGGACAUGAUUCUAACUAUUGUCUACAAAGAUGAUGUCAAAAAGUGGUCAUCUCCAUCAGAGGCAACUGCAAGUUUCCUUUCAAAAGAAAUUUGGCUGGCACCCCCACAGUUCUAUGAAAUAAGAAGACUUGAAAACUUUGCCUCGCUUUCUAACUUGCACAAAUUUUGUUUGGAGCAUGCAUCAGAAAGAGCACAAAGAUGGCUGCCUAUCAUCUGUAUAACUGCUGAUGGGAUGAUCCAGCUUUUUCCAGGAGAUGAGCUGUACUUAGAAGAUCCAGAGUAUUUAGAAAAGGUUUUGUCUACUGAAAAAAAGACUGAAGAAAUCAUGAAGGAAGGCAAGAAACUUCACCGAUUAGUCCGACACCACAGCCAUUAUUACAGUCUUCAUGUGACUGUUCAGUCAAAGGGUAAACACAUUUACCCUAAGAACUAUGUGGUAAAUAAGAGCCAUUUGUAGGGUACAACUUGUCUGUAAGCCAGCCUCUCUAAACUACGGCUGAUGAUUAAUGAUGGCCAACUGUAUUGCUUAAAACUUAACUCUGUGCCUAUAGAAGUUAUAAUACAGUAUUUCUUAUUUCAAGUGGAUGCCUUUUGUUUUAUUACAUAAACCGUCUGCCACAAUAUAAAAUUUAUUCAUGAUUUUGUUACUAAAGUAAUUUUUAAAAAUUCAAGAUGUUUCUCACUUCUGUAUUGUUGUUAGCUCUUCUGUCAUUAUUCCAACUGUUUCAUGUAUGAACACUUUUUCUGAUAUGCUUUGGAGGUUAAUCCAUGAAUUUUUUUUUUAACUUAUACUGGAAUUUAUGAGCACAUGAUUAGUAAAUAGUAAACUAAGGAAUCUUUUAGUGAUAAAAUUUAAAAUCAAAUGGUAUUAGGUACUAUGUUUCCCAAAUUGGAAAUUAUUUUAUUUUCUAUUUUAAAGAAAUAUGAUAUGAUGCAAAAAUCAACCUUUAUUCUCUUAAGUUCUAGUUAGUAAAUAGAGAGGUUAGGGAUACAGUGUUAAAUUAGUGAGAUUUACAUUCAAUGUGCUUAAUAUGAGUAACUUUUUAUCCUCUGAAGAGGAAUAGUGAGUUGAUUAAAGGUAGGAAAUGAUAGUUAAGACAGCCCUUAACUGUUUAAGGCUUUGAUUAUAGACUUUUUCAUGAAUUUUUUUAGUUUUCUACCCAAAAUGAAGAAAACGAGAAAUAAAGUUUAUGUCUGUCUUUAAUACUGCAUUAGUUCUCAACUGGGCAUUUGCCCUUGGGAGUUUUUUGCUGUGUUUAGAAACAUUUUCAUGGGUCACAGUUGAAGAGGACUGCCAUCUAGUGGGCAGAUGCCAGCAGUGCAGUUAAAUCACCACACAAGGGGAGCACCCAAAAACAUCUAGCCAAUGGAAAGAAAUCCUUAUCUAGAGUAAACAGGUUUUUUGUUCUGUUUUGUUUUUAGUAAAUGGUCCCAACAUAUAAAUUUUGAGAAACAAAGUUAUUCAAUUACUAUUAUCAUCUUAUCAGGCCUCUAAGUCUAUUAAAAAUCUUUGUUAACUUCAGACCUUGAAUAUGUACUGUGUACUUCGAUUCUCACAGCAUACUAGAAUGCCACAGCUAGAAGGGAUCUGAAAAACCACCAUGAUUUUGCCAGUGAGAAAACGGGGUUUAUGCUGGUAGGUGGUUCCACAGCCAAGAGGAGAGCUUUAUCUCCCACACCCUCUUCACUGGAGUCUAUGUAAUAUGACUAGUUUUUCACCAUAAAAAAGAUACAAUUUAUUUUUUUUUCACUUCAGUUAGACUUUAUUGGUACAUUUCAGAUAUACGUAAUGAUCACAUUCAUCAUAGGGAAUUUGUACAUGUACAUGAUAUAACUUGGUGUUUCUUCCCCCAUUCCCUUAUCCUUCCUUCAACUGCUCUUCCCCUCUCCAUCUAUGGAGCUUUGUUUCCAUGGAAAAGAUACAGUUUAACUUGAUACUAUUUUUUGCGGUUGUUUGGUUAGGUUUGGUUUCUUUGGAAUUGGACUCAUUGUGUUGUACAGGCUACCCCUGAACUUGUAAUCUAAAUCUGAAUGAAUCUUAUCUUCUUGGAAAAAUUACUUUUGGGAGCUAUCACAUGAUUUUCUACCAGCACUGAUACCCUGUCCAAUAGUCCAAAAUAAGGCUAUUUUCAUAUACUGAAAAUUUAUGUUGUUUCAGAAUUCAGCUCAUGUUUGUGGCAUUAACAAAAUAAAACAUUAUUAUUAUA